AAUGCACCACAGAGUCGCCCCUUCUCCGCGUCCCCGUCUCUGAUUGGCCGAGCCGCCCAUCCAUCACGGGGUCGCACGCAGUCGGACUGAGGGGUUGAAAAGGGCAGGAGCCUCGUAUAUUCAAAUACUAUCGGUUGCAGAUUGUAACCCGACAUAACACGCAAACUGCCAAAGAUCCCAAGAUGAGGUGUGAGAAUACGGAGGACGAGCUCAGCGCAGCGUGGGUGCCCAGGGAUCCACUGCCUGAGUGCGGGGAGAUCAGCAUCCAAGACCCCGUCGACAUGAACCACACCAAGGGCGGCCUGGUCAUCUUCACCGCCAACUCGCACCCCUCCAGCCGCGAGAUGGGCAAGAGGAUCUCCGAGCGGUUGGGGGUGGAGCUUGGCAAGGUGCAGGUGUACCAGGAGUCUAACAGAGAAACGCGGGUGCAGGUCCAAGAGUCGGUGCGAGGCAAAGAUGUCUUCGUGAUCCAAACGGUGUCCAAGGACGUGAACACCACCAUCAUGGAGAUGCUGAUCCUGGUGUACGCCUGCAGGACGUCCUGCGCCAGGAGCAUCACAGGCGUCCUCCCCUACUUCCCCUACAGCAAGCAGUGCAAGAUGAGGAAGAGGGGCUCCAUCGUCUCCAAACUCAUCGCCUCCAUGAUGUGUAAAGCUGGUCUCACCCACCUGAUCACCAUGGACCUCCAUCAGAAAGAGAUCCAAGGCUUCUUCAACAUCCCAGUGGACAAUCUGAGAGCGUCCCCCUUCCUGCUGCAGUACAUACAGGAAGAGAUCCCCGACUAUAGAAAUGCUGUGAUCGUGGCCAAAUCCCCAGCCUCUGCCAAAAGGGCUCAGUCGUUUGCCGAGCGGCUGCGUCUGGGCCUCGCGGUGAUCCACGGCGAGGCCCAGGACGCCGAGUCGGACCAGGUGGACGGGCGUCACUCGCCGCCCACCGUCAAGACCACCGGAGCCAUUCACCCCAGCAUGGAGAUCCCACUGUUGAUCCCCAAAGAGAAGCCGCCCAUCACCGUGGUAGGAGACGUCGGAGGACGCAUCGCCAUCAUAGUGGACGACAUCAUCGACGACGUUGACAGUUUUGUGGCGGCAGCGGAGACGCUGAAGGAACGGGGCGCCUACAAGAUCUUCGUCAUGGCAACGCACGGCAUCCUCUCCUUGGAUGCCCCCAGGUUCAUAGAAGAGUCGGCCAUCGACGAGGUGGUGGUGACCAACACGAUUCCUCACGAGCUCCAGAAGCUCCAGUGUCCGAAGAUCAAGACGGUGGACAUCAGCAUGAUCCUGUCGGAGGCCAUCCGCCGCAUCCACAACGGAGAGUCCAUGUCCUACCUGUUCCGCAACAUCGGCAUGGACGACUGAGCGCAACGCACGCACACACACACACACACACACACAGACACACACUCUCAAACACUAUUUGCCUUAUGUUUCUUUUCCAAACAUAGAGGUGAAUGUCUAACACUGAAAUCGCUACACACGCAUAAUGAAAAUAUAUCCAUGUCCUGCUCAUAUGAUGAACAUAAACACAAAGCCCGAGUGCAGCUUAAAGGGUUACUUUAGAUUUUAUUGGAGAGUUUUUUUGUGAGGUUGCACGUGGCACUCCAACAGACGUGAGUAGGAAAGCGAUGCACUGCUGUGAGGGGGGCAGUAAAGUGGAUGCUACGAUCCUAAAAUGUAUAUGCUUGAAUACAAAACGUUUACGCUCUAUUCAGAUCACAUUUACCGCCAAAUUAAUUUCUGACCAAACUGAAGCCGCUAACUACGCGGUCUUCAAAGCCACGGCCAUGCUUAUGGUGAACAGAGCGUAGAUGCUGAAGGAGUCAAGAGGUGAGACUAUUGUACACCCCGACUGACUGAUUCUUGCCCCCGGCCACAGCAGAGCAUUGCUUUAAUUCUGUACUGGGACCACGGUGUGUCUCUCCAAACCGACCGACACACCUCAUAUAAUCUUACUUAAAAAAAAAAUCAGAACCCUCCAUCAACAUAUUAGAUGACUGAAAGCAGACACACAGACCUUUGACCUCACAGGACGGCUGCCUGUCUCCCUCUGCUCAUGACAAACUAAACACACACCUCAGUCUCUUCUUUUUACUGUCCUCUUCUUUAAAAUGUUCUCUCCUCACAAAUUAAUGUCCAUCAUAAUGUAACAUUUGUUAGCAUUGAAGCCCCCCCCUGCUCCCUGGCAGUAAAUUGUCUUUCUUACUAACUGCAUUAGAAACAGUGCCUUCUACCUGACACGCUCCAAACACACAGGCCUUCACUUCUCAGACAUACAAACCUGUUUUUAUUGUAUUGAUCCAGGAAGGUGCAGUUUCCCAGCUAAUUAACCUGCGCAGGUAAUCAGAGGACACGAUUAACCCCCUUCCUGUUCAUCCAUGUGGUCCAGAAUGUGGUACUGAUGUAGUUAAGUAGACUGCUUCUAGCUGGCCGUGGUUGCCAUAGCAGAUGCUAAUGCUGCUAAUCUGGUGUCAAAUCUACUCAUUGCUAAAAUUGAACUGGAAUAUCCACAGGAAAUUAUAACUGGUCAAUUAGGCAUUCCAGACAUUGUAUUUUUUUCUUUUUUUUACGGCGUUCCAUGAGUCAUCCGUAUAACAUUGUGCCAUGAUUUUAUAUUUGUUCAUGUCACAAAUUGCCCCUCCAGCCCGACGGAUCUGGGCAGUUUUACACUCCGGUUAAGAGCUGAAGGUACUUCUUAAUUAUGAGUUAAGAUUAUACCGGAGGAGACUGAAAUUUGCUCAAACACACCCGCAGUUAAACUUUGGAGAGUAGAGAAAUCAUUUUUUUCUUCUGACGAGCAGAACUUGACUGAAGCAGGUCUUUGUCACUUUACGAGAAAUGUUUUGUAUUUAUUUUCAACAAUUAUGAAUAAAUAAUGACCAAUGAAA